CGGACCUUCUCUCCUCCGAAUGCAGACAAAAGGAGAGGACGACUAAUCCGCGGAGACUCCACGGGUCUGAUCUGACGCGCGAGAACGCACCGACAUUACGCACGCACGCACGCGCAACCCCCCCCCCCUCCCCACCACCAGUCGCCCGCCCGCACCUCCUCCCUCCUCCCACCUCCCGGGUCCACCUGAAACGUCCGAGCCGGCUUGUCGUGCACUUCGGAGGCAGAAGAAAGAGGGUCCGAGCGCCGCUUCGAUCGCAGCCAGAACGCCGUGUGCCCGUGAUGUCCUACCUGUGGAUCCUGCUGUUAGGGAGCCUGCUGGCGGCCGGCGCCAAGGCACAAGAGGACGCCGCCCCAGAAGAGGAUGCAGAGGCUCCCGAAGGAGGCGAUGCGCCAGACGAACCCGCCGCUGACGUCAACACUGACAAUUCAUCCCCGGAAAUACCAACCUCAGCGAGUGAUUCGGAGCCCGAAGAGACUUCCACCGCUGAGGAGGCAGAAGCAGUGCCUUCGCCUGUAGCCGAUCAAGAGGUGGAGGCAGAGGGAGAAGUGCCGACAGAGAAUGCCGUUCCUGCACCACAAGGGCCGGCAGCUGAUCCUGAACCUGAGGCGGAGGCAGAGGCCACCACACCACAAGGGCCGGCAGCUGAUCCUGAACCUGAGGCGGAGGCAGAGGCCACCACACCACAAGGGCCGGCAGCUGAUCCUGAACCUGAGGCGGAGGCAGAGGCCACCACACCACAAGGGCCGGCAGCUGAUCCUGAUCCUGAGGCGGAGGCCGCCACCACACCACAAGGGCCGGCAGCUGAUGAUGAUGUCAUAGAUCCAACGACUGAGGAGAAAGGUGCAACCCUUGCCCCGGAGAUUGGAGCUGAGGCAGAUCCAACUGUGGAAGAUGAUGAAGAAAAACCCACUGUUCCACCAGCUGUUGUGAAAAAAGUCGACCCGGAGCUUGAGGUCAUGGUCCCAGAAACUGAGGUUGUCGCUGAGAAAAAAACAGAAAAGGAUGGGCGCAGCAAAGGACGGAUGGGCGUUUUUUCUGAGCCACCUGUGUCUGGCGCCAGUGGAGAAGACAAACCGGAACACAAAGAGGCCAGCUCCGGCUCCUUAGCAGCCAUCCUGAGUGCAGUUGGGGUAUCUGUAGUGGGAGCAAUUGUUGGAUACUUCACCUACCAGCAGAAGAAACUGUGCUUCAAAAAUAGACAAGAAGCGGAUCCAGAAGCUGCACGCAAAGCUGACACAACAGAGGCUCAGUCGGAUCCCCAGGUCCUUAGUAACCUGCUGAACUCCUCCUAGACCGGCAAUGAGCACAAGACUGCCUGGACUCACUACUGGCAAGCAUGAUGGCAAAUCUCACUGUUAAGCUCUAUCUUCUCAUGAGGAGCUAAAUUACUGUGAGGCCCUGGAGUAGGGCUGUGUGGGUGUGUUUGUGUGUGUCUCGGUAUGUUUGGUUUUGUAUGUGUGUGUGUGUGUGUGAGAGUCAAAACAUCUGUAUACGUGAGUGGGGGACUAAAUAUAUGUGAACAUUUUAGGGUUUAAUGAUUGUUAAAACAGAACAAUUUAUCAUCAUUGGACAAACUUUCUACGUGUGUGGUCAAGAUUUAAUCCCAAUCUAACCAUAAAAGGGCUAAAGGAAAGAACUA